AUCACCUUGACGCAAAGUUGAGAGAGAUGCCAGGUAGCUUUGACAGUUUCACUGCUGUGUUAGAGUGCUCGAUGAUCAGCAUAUGCUACGCCAAUCCUUCUUGUGGCUCUUGUACUCGUUGAGAGAUCUGCAGUACGCGGGUCAGAUUAUUGAUGCACUUCUAUGUCGAUGGCUGAGUCCAGUCGACAGCGAUGCCCUCCACUUCGCAGUUGGGGGUAAAGUCGUCAGUUUUUAGAUGUUCGAGUUUGCUAUGAUCACGGGAUUAAAUAUUACGGGCGAUGAAGCAACUGGUGAUGGGACUCAGAGAAGAAAUAUGCUUCAUGAUGCUUACUUCGAGGGACAGGGAACUGUGCUUCUUACACAGCCGUUCGAUGCAAUUAGGAGAUGUGAUCAGAUGUUAGACAGAUUGAAAUUAGGUUUGGUCUACAUCCUUGAGAGCAUGGUGCGGUGUCACCACAAGAAGACUACGACUGACCUCUUCCAUCUGGAGAUCGUUGACGACAUCGAUCGUUUCAACGACUAUCCAUGGGGUUGGAGAUGUUUCGAGGACACUGUAUACGUCUUCAUCAGAUCGCACUCGAAGCUAAAGGGGGCCAUACGUAAGUACGACACUUAUGGAUUGCCCUUGACGGUGCAGAUCUGGGCAUAUGAGACUGUCCACCUAAUGGGUGCCCGCUUUGCAAGGCGAGGGGAGACACGCUGCCCUAGGAUGCACCAUUGGAGAGCAUCUCGAUCGGAGGGAUGUUCUACUUAAAAACAGUUAUUAGCUAUCC